GUUUUUUUAGACUGAUGCUAGUCGGUCAACACGUGGAGAGGAGAGUCUGACUUUCCACAGGGACACGUUUGAAAAAGUCACGUUAUCAAUACUGCUCUCAACGUGGCGGCACCGAGGACCCUAAAAUACUGUGUAGCUGCUAGUGUCCUGAGGAAAUGCCGCUGAGGUUUCGCUCUGUUAUGUCCUACACACUGCCUGGAGUCCUUGCACUGAUUGGCUGGUGGUGGUACAUCUCGCGGAAGAAAGAGCAGCUCAUCAGCCAUGACAGCCCAGACGGGCCUCCAACUGCUAUGGGCCUUAGAACAUCUUCAGCUGAAGGGAGCAAUGGUUUGGUUGAGAGAGGCACUGUGUCCCCCACAAACGAAUCAGAAAGCCCUAUCCCAAGAACUCCAACGGUCAGUAACCAGAGAACACACCAUGAAAACAUUUCACAGACCCAUGUCCAGGACACUAAAGCAACACAGUCACUUGAACCAAGAUCUGAAGAAGGUGCCCCUCACCUUGGCAAAAUAGGACGAGAGAAAGUCUAUAAACCCUCGGACUCCACUCUACCAACACGUGAUAAAGAAGACAGCCCACCAGUAUCGUUGAAAGGCCACAAAGACCCAGAGAGAAGCUCAUCAGAGCUCGAGAAACACCCAGUCAAAAAUCUAGUAGGUACUCUGGAAGCCACAGUAGACGAGCUCAUCUUACCCUGCCAGUCCACCAAAGUCACAAGCUCCUCCCCUACAACAGCAUACCUUUCUGAUGCAGAGAGGCCGGAGCCAGAGGGGGAAGUUGCGAAGUACCAUAGCACUAUUAAUGCACAAAAUGAGAUGGUUGUUUGUGCACUUACCCCAGCCAAAGUGCAGAAUCUAAUCCCAUCAGAGGCCGAUUCUCUGGAGACACCCCCAUCAGCACAGGAUUUACAACAACACAUUCUAACGAGCACACCUACCGCCAUGGAUUUGACCUCCACAGCUCUGACCACCGUCCAAGAUUCCACCAUCACAUCGGUGACCUCACAGGACGUCCAGGCACACAUUAGCACUGGAGAGGAGCAGGAUUUGGAACUUCUGGCAGCUGGACUCAUCACUGAGGUCAUCUCAGCAGCCACCCAAGAGGUCCUGGGUGUCACUAGCUGCCAGGUCACGAACAACAGCCAGCCCAGCUGCAGUAGCAGCAUGCUGCUGACUAGCAGCAGGGUAUGCUUGCAACAGGAUCCAGUCACAGUGAAACAACAGCAUCACCAUCUCUUGACAAGCCCCUCUCAGGUUGGCUGUGAGUGUAAAGAGGCAACAGAGACAGAAGAGCAAGGAGUGCCUAAUGGAUGCUCCUCAGCUACAGUAUGGGCACCUGUUGAGGUCAGUCACAGAGUUCAUCAGGGAAAUAAUGCACAGAGAGGCCACUGGCCAACUCCAUCACACCAAGCAGCACAAAAUAUUCCUGUGCUAAACAUUAAACUGAAAUGUGAAGAACCCGCCACACUAGCCGAGGACUCGGCCUGCAGCACGUGCCACUCUGAAGAUGGCGUCAGCAGUGAGGACCUCCAGAACAGCAUGUUUGACAACCAAAUUGAUGUGAUCCAGGUUACAGACUUGUCAGCAAGCGAAGCCACACAGCCUCAGUCAUUGGUUGAGACCAUUACAGAGACUGUUUUGGAUGUAACUGAAGAUAACUCAGUGGCUGCUGUGUGUGAGAUAAAGAGGCUCAAUGGAAUGGGCCUGAGGAAUGGAGCUCAUGGAACAUGUGAGGUGGAGACAGACCAGUCUGGAGGUUCUGAUGUGAACAGUAUGGACUCAGUGGACAGCGGCUGCACUAUGGGUGCUGGGGAGAACCAGAGCAACCACGCUGCCUCUUCGAGCUCUGAACUCAUCAUCUGGGAGAUUGAGGUGCCAAAGCAUCUUGUAGGGCGGCUGAUAGGAAAGCAGGGGAGAUACGUGAGCUUCCUGAAGCAAAACUCUGGUGCAAAGAUCUACAUCUCCACCCUGCCUUAUACACAGGAGUUUCAGAUCUGUCACAUAGAGGGUACGCAGCAGCAGGUUGACAAAGCGCUGUCACUGAUUGGGAAGAAGUUUAAAGACCUGGACUUGACCAAUCUAUAUGCACCUCCACCUCCCCCACUCACAUUGCCAUCACUUCCCAUGACCUCCUGGCUCUUGCUCCCCAGUGGAGUGACCGUUGAAGUGAUAGUGGUGAACAUUGUGUCAGCCGGUCACAUCUUUGUCCAGCAGCACACUCACCCCACCUACCACGCUCUGCGAAGCCUUGACCAGCAGAUGUUCCUGUGCUACUCCCAGCCGGGCACACCUGCCCUGCCCUCACCGGCUGAAGUUGGUGUAAUCUGUGCUGCUCCAGCAGUGGAAGGAGCCUGGUGGAGAGCUCAGGUCAUCACCUUCUAUAAAGAGACUAAGGAAGUGGAGAUUAGAUACGUUGACUAUGGAGGCUAUGACAGAGUUAAAAUCGAUUCAUUACGGCAAAUAAGGUCUGAUUUUGUAACACUACCUUUCCAAGGCGCUGAGGUAUUGCUUGACAACAUCGCCCCACUUCCAGGAGAGGAUCGUUUUUCAGCUGAGGCCACAUCAGCAUUGGAGGAGAUGACCAGAGGAGUGGCAUUGCUUGCACAGGUCUCAAAUUAUGAUAACAACACAGGCCUCCCGUUGGUCCACCUGUGGAAUAUGGUCGGAGAGGAGGUGAUUUCAGUGAACCGUACGCUGGCAGAGAGGGGCCUGGGUGUUUGGGUGGAUGGAUUUUGAACCUAUUAUAUGCUCUGACUUCCACACAUGCCACCCUCCCCCCUUCUUUUAAUGUUGUCAGCAGUCUGGGACCUGGAUCAUCCUGACGGUCCCAACCCCACCAGGCACAACACUGGAUCUAAGAAGAUUGUUUUUCCUUUGGGUUUUUUUGUUUGUUUUUUGUUUGUUUUUUGGGGGGGGUUAGUUUUUUUUUCAGAUGUGCUCUUCCCCUCCUCCAUUUCAUUUGAAAAGAAAUUAAAAUUUGUUUGCAGGCAUAAUCUACGAGAACACUGCUUCAAAAUAAGACAACUUUUCCUUGUAGUUCUUGAACACAAAAAGAACAUCAAGAAGGAAGACAAAGGUACUUGUAAUUUUUUUUUUUUAAAAAAGAAAAUCUAUAUUGUAACUAAAUAAAGGUUCAAUAUUUUUUUCAUCACCCCCCCUCCCCCCCAUCCUACCUUAAUUUUUGCUCUGGGCCUUUGCACACUGACUGAGGAUCGUCAUGCUGCAUUGAAGGACAGUCAUCUCUACCAGACUGUAGACGCAACCGUUUUGCGUUUUCGUGACACCUUGGAUAUAAUCAUGUGUUGGUCGGUUCUUUUCAGAGUCGACUGGGUUGUUGUCUGGAUAGCAGGUGGGAAGCCGAAAGGCCAUAGCACUGGAAAGAGCAGAGGAGGUCAGAUGGUGGUCCCUGGUGGAGCACCGAGCACUCAGCUGGUCUACUCAGCCCUGUGCCCUAAAGCAUGUCUGCCAGGCCACAUACAACUGAGGAGACAAGUCCUUUUGUGGGUCCCGUUUGCGAAUUUUUUCCCUGGGGGUCUGAAGGGCUUCGGUGCUGUGUUUGCAGCAGUUGGGCUCACAUGUGGUUAGGUGUUAUCUGACAAAAAAUCAUGUAUUUUUAGUCAUCAUUUUGGACCAUCAUGAAAACAUUUAUAUAAAGACAACAUAAGUUCAGAUUUUUCACAGCACAGUCAGAUUUUAACAAGGAAAUAGGCCAAACAAACUGGUUAUGAUGAAGACAACGGUGGUGAAUUAAGCAAUUGCUACAUGUCCUGAAUUAAUUUCAUAUUUAAUUGCAACUAGCAUAGUUUUUGUCAACUUGAGUCAAGUGUUCACUUCACCUGGGUUCACGGUCUCCACUGUGUCCUCUUGGCUGUCCACUAUGUGUGGGCUGCAGCACCACCAUAUUGACACCAAAAUAAGAACUCUCUGCAUAGCUUUUUCCCAUUGAUUUGGCAUGGCGCUGCACCUAAGUCUUAUAACUGUAGGGAAAAUCAUUUGUUUGUAAUCCUCAAUGACAUAUGUUAGGUUUCUAAAGACUGAUAUAACUGUAUAGAUCCACUCUGAUUUUGUUAUAGCACACCAAAUCCCAGAAUCUAGUCUUCCCACUGUCCUGAAAACUGUAUUUUUUAUUUAUUUUUUUUGUUUUGUCCACAAUAUAGGUCAUCUGCUCUCAAGAUAAAAAAUAAUAAAAGAAGGAACUGUGGACUGUGGGAACUCUAUAAAAGAUUUAUUAAUUUACAGCCCCUAUAACAGAGUUGGAGUGCAUUUUCAAACCAUAGAAACACUUGUUAACAAAUGGUUGAACAUCUAAAUCUGAAGGGAAACAAAGCUGCUAGUAGUGUGUUGACCUGUUUGUUGGUGAGAUUACUGUAUGUCUGAUGCAUGUCCUUUGGUUUAAUAGUAAUUCCAAAGAAAACAGGAUGUUUGGAGCUGCGAUUAAUACACUAUGUUUGUGAUAGAGUUGAUCAAGAGAGAAUUUCAAUGUUUCAAUGCAGAGUGCUGCUAUUAAUUCAAAGCUCUGAGCUCUGCAAUGAGUGAACUACUAAAAACUUAGACUGACAUGGCAAAGAGACACUACACAAGAUUUCAUGUGCUGCCCUUUAAUGCAGACCCAAUGUUAAUUAUUAAACUAAAUUCAGUUUGUGUCAUGAGUUUGCAUUGGCAAUCUGUAUACUGUAGUAUAUAGAUUACCAUCAGCCUGUCAAAGUACACUGUGAUACAAAGCAGGACCUUGUUCUUUACAUGUAAAUACUGGAGUUGAUUUGUUGAUGAGUUGGCAUAAGCCUGGGCUUCCCACUAACUCAAAGCUGGCUAUAAGUUUAUUUGGAUAUGAUCUGUCCUCUAGUCUGAUUGAAGCCACAUGUGUCCAUGCCUUCACGGAGCCUGAGUAGGUGGUAUCUUGAAGCUAGCAAUUGCUGCUCUCUUAGUUUUGGUUUAGUUCAGAAUUGUCAGAGUCAGGAGUGGAAAUCUUAAGAUGUUAUGAAAUUGUGACACCCCAGUGUGUUACAGGAGCAGCAAAGUAUGAUUUUCUGCAAGGGGAGAUUUAUAUAAUAUAAACACAACUUGAAUGGAAUAUAAAACAAUAGAAAAAGGUAAAUGCAAAACAGGUUAUAAGUGUAAAAACCAUAUGCCCUAAAUGUUUUCUUUUUUUUUCACUCCCAAAGCCAUCUAAAAUCAGAUGUUAAACACACACACGUAUAACAAUUUUAAUCGUAAGACUUAUGCAGCCAAAGAAACUGGAGGACAGAAUAAUAGUAGAAUUGUGGCCAUAAAUUACAUUUACAACUGUAGUUUAAGACAACAGUAUAUGUUUUUGUUACCAAUUCUCACUAAACUUGCAUCACUGAUUGGCACUGAUGGAAUAACAACACUGGCAAGAAUUCUGUACAGUGAAAGACUUUACAUAAUCUAAAUGCUAAUUGGGCAAAGAAGGGCUGUAGACAGACUCUAGACUGAUUCUCUCAAGUAGCUAUGCAGUAAAUGUUUCUAUGGGAACGUGCCAGCUGGAGGAUACACAAAAAUCUGUUGUCUUUAUUACUACUUGAACAAUGCUUGACAGAGUCUACUGGAUGAGAAAUAGCAAGAUUUGUUUUAGCUGGCUAAUGGUUAGCGUGGAUCUGAGCUCAUGAACUCAACUCAUAUGUUGAAACAUGAUUUAAGAACGUGGAACACUUUGUUCUGUUUUUACCGAGCAGUCUUGCUUUCUGGGCUAGUUAAACAACAUUUGGAGGGCAGAGUCCUGCUGAGCAGUUGUGCGAUAGGCUGCAACAGCAUUUACAGUGGGUUUUCAUUUAAGUUUGCAUCAGAAUGUGUCUUGUCAUCAUGGUAUGGAUUUUUUUUUUUUUUUUUUCAGACAUUGAUUCGUAAUGUUGUUGAAGUCCAACUUUCCUGUGUUUGCACUUCUUGUAUUGCAAUGUUAGAUUCAGCCUGAAGGGGCUGAAUGAACCCUGUGAGGGAUUUAUUUUCAGUGGAAAUGAAAUCACUGUUACUCUAGCAAUAAGGCAGCUUUAUUUUUGACAAACUGAAGGACAAUGGGAAAAGGGGGGCUUUAAGUGUUACAUUCAACACGAUUAAGAACCAGGAAAGUUAACUAUAUAAUUGUUGUCAAACAACACUUUUAAAAAACCACAAUAAUGCAGACCUUCAAGAAUGUGUCUCAGGAAUGGGUAAUUUGGUGGUUGAUUUGUUAAUCAACCUGCCUGAGGGCAGCUGAUGGAGGAAAAGGACAUGAUUGUGCUAAAACAUAUAUAUAUAUAAAACUGUGCUAUAGGAAAUUACACAUUUUGACUGAUGAACCUACAAGACAUGUAUGAGCUCUUGAAGGAGGUAUCCACAUGUUGAUGCUGGAAUUGGAGCAGUAGCCAUAUUGUCUGUUGCUGGUUUGUGUGCAUCUUUCCGCUUUGUUUCACCUAAUGUCUGCUCUAGUCUGUUCCUCCUUUUUUUUAAAAAAAGAAAAGCAAAACAAAAAACAAACUCAGAUUACAUAUGCUAUGCUAGUAUUUUUUCUCCCCCUUCUAACAACAAUCCCUGCUGCCCAGAAACGUUCACCACACCUUAAAAAUUCAAACUAGAGUUUUGUUCAUUUCUCUGUAAAUAAGAUAUUUGACUGUACUUUUCUAUAACACUGGAGAGAAAGAGAUAUAAAGGGAACAUUUUUUUGUUUGGUUUGUUCUGGCUCAUCCUGCCUCACCUCUUUCAGCCACUCGGUGUUCUCGAGCUGUUGGACUGAGUGUUAAGUGUUUGCAUAGCUAGACAAGUCAUCAUUUGAUUAUUUAAAUGGGUGUUGAGCUAUUGUGCCCAAAAGCAUUUAACAUGUACAGAUCAGUUUUUGCUAGGCUCAUCUUAAGUUUGAUUUGUUGAUUGUACAGAUCUAUUAGGAAAAAAUAAAAGUUAUUGAAAGUGUU